GGGAGAAAGUUGAAGCUCCCAAAGCACAGGAUUCUGAGCAAGGAUGAGCUGCCGGAAGAAAAGGAACGAAAAAGUGGUGUUAUUUAUUUUCAAACAUUACCACCACAUUUCACGGUUUCACGGAUGCGCAAUGAAAUGAGUAAAUUUGGCGAAAUUGGAAGGAUUUUUCUACAGGCUGAAAAACGUCGUGAUGCUAAGGGAAAACGCCGUAAACGAUACGUAGAGGGAUGGGUGGAAUUCAAGAAAAAAAGCCUGGCAAAACGAGUAGCUGCUUCGCUGAACAGCACACCUGUUGGUGGAAAGCGCCGUAGUGUGGCCAGAGAGUCACUGUGGACAAUGAAAUACCUAAGUGGAUUCAAAUGGACUCAUCUUGUCGAACAGCUCAGUUACGAGAAUCGUGUUGAGCAGCAACGAAUGCGCCUUGAAAUAGCCCAAGCAAAACGACAAGCUUCCUUUUUUGCUGAGCAAGUGGAGAAAGGAGAGCAGCUGAGAAAGCUGGAAGAGAAAGUAAGCAGCUUUACCGAAUCUUUUUUUUUGCAAUGA